GUUCGUCGGUGACAGGCCAUCGUCCAUCUAGCCUUUGUCGGACAAAUUUCACACUACAUUUUGCACCUCGUGGAUUACCCAUUCGUAAAUCGACCGGCGUGCAGUAGUGAAAUAUUGAGGACAUUAACAUUGGUGAAUCUACAUCGACGCAUAAGAUACAAUGGGUCAGUCGUUGUCGGAACCGGAAACCUCCAAAGAAUCAGCCUUUUGUCAAAAUGAUUUCUACAAAGUCGGCUCCAGUUGUAUGCAGGGCUGGCGAAUGCACAUGGAAGACUCGCACACACACAUACUCUCGCUACCGGACGAUCCCGGGACGUCGUUUUUCGCCGUAUACGAUGGGCACGGAGGUGCGAAGGUUGCCGAGUACGCUGGGAAGCAUCUUCACAAGUACAUCACACGCAGGCCGGAAUACGGCAGAGACGUAAAGCAUGCGCUUCAGCAAGGAUUUCUAGAUCUGGACGAGGCCAUGCUAAACAACGAAGCCCUGCGUGAGCAAAUGUCCGGAUCAACCGCUGUGGCGGUGCUAAUCAAGGACAACCGGCUAUACUGUGCGAAUGCAGGAGAUUCGCGAGCGAUCGCCUGCGUUGACGGUCGACUGGAUGUUCUGUCGUUCGAUCACAAACCGACAAACGAAACGGAAAAGGAGCGCAUUUGCAGCGCCGGUGGCUACGUGGAGUACAACCGUGUGAACGGGUAUUUGGCGCUUUCGCGCGCGCUUGGAGAUUUUGGGCUGAAGCGCAACAAACACAAACUGCCCGAGGAGCAAAUGGUGACGGCGUUUCCGGACAUAGAGGAGCGCGAAAUAACGGAAGACUGGGAUUUUCUCGUCAUUGCCUGUGAUGGUAUAUGGGAUGUACUUUCCAGCCAGGCAGUGCUUGAUUUCGUGCAGGCGGAAAUCGCUCAAGGCAUCUACCCGCAGCAGAUAUGCGAAAAUAUUAUGGUUCACUGUCUCGCACCGGACUGCCAGAUGGGGGGUAUAGGCGGUGACAACAUGACAGUGAUCAUUGUGUGCUUUUUGCAUGGCCAGCCGUACGAGGAACUGAUCAAUCGAUGCAAGGAAGCGGUCGCAAAGCGACUGGCACAUCGCAAAAAGCGUAGCCAUUCGAACAGGUCACAGGACAAUGAUGUCGUUUCGAUGGCACCAGUUACUGCACCAGCAGACAAGACCGACAACGAUGCAAAUGGUCGUUUAGAGGACGAUUCGUCGGGAAGCGAGAGUGAACAUUCGGAAAAAGUGCAAACACCUGCGUCGGUCUCAAGUGGUUGCGAAGAAAAUGGCAAGGAUUCGGUAACUGCUAGUACUACCAAUGGGACACCAGAGAAAAAAUCUUCUUUGGAUGAAACUCCAGUCAAUAAAUCCGAAAAUGAGCCCUCGGAGCAUGAAAGCCGCAACGAUAGUCCCGAUGAUACGAGCGAAGAGCUUGAUUUAAAGUAAUAAGUGUCUCCGUGUAGUGUUCCAUUCUCAGGCCGUUAUACUAUCAGGUUAAUCACCAGGUCGAACUAGUCGCCGACCACGUGGUCAGAGUUAACUUUAAUUCUUUUAUGUUUUUAUUCGAUUACAGUUGUUCCUCUAGGUCUAUAGGUAGCUAUGACUCAAAAUAGUGUUACAGACGGUCCCAGUAACAGUUUUUAUUGUGUUUGUCAAUCAUGAGACUAUUCGUUUACUUUUUUGGUGGCUAGGAAAUUUGAUAGAGAUACUAAAAAGAGAACAAAUAAACAAACAAUAUUUUAAUUACGCUUACAGAAAUCAAACGGUAUGUUAUAUGCUAAAACAGCGGAGCGGAGAGUGUGCGUUCAAACGUAUCACUUGUGACAAAUCUAGGCAAGAUUAAGCAGAUCCUUUGGAGGAGAUAAUAAAGUUUGCGCGUAUGUUGUGCCGGAAAAUAGCAAAAGAUAGCUUAGGCAAAUCGGGUGGGUGCGCGUUUCCGUAAUCGUAACUCUGAUACGCUUUUAGUGAAACAUAUAAUAUGAACAAGAUAUUAUAAUCUUGCUACUCAUUGACCUGCCUUCUUUCCCAUACCCUAAAUCUUAUAAGGCCUGUACAGGAAGAAUUUCUACGGACGUAAGUGGUAAACAUUAUCAACAAACGUAAAGGUAAAACAUAUGAUACGCUAACAAUUUAGCCAUUUAUAUCUGCCUCCCGGAAAGCGGCUAUCGUUCCUGUAAAUAGGCAGACAGUUUUAUAUAAACAAUAUUUAAAGCAACUAUUUAGCGUCUAACAUCAGCGUUGUAAUCGUAAUAUAAUCCCGGUUCUGCCUUUCUAUCGACUGGAAUUACGUUAGAAACUCUCGUAAAAGUGCUUCCACGCAGUUCUUCUCCGCAAAACGUGAUGUACUUUUCGGAGAGAAUCGAUGACACACUGCAGUCGUCUGGUUGGCAUUGUAACGGAAUCCCUUUUGUCCAAUAAGGAUAGAGUCCGUCAUGAACCAAAGAAGACGAAACGAUGGAAAAAAGCCUAUAGUAGAAUAAAACCAGUUAACCGGAAGACCGGUCAGGAACGACUAAAGUAACCGUGUGUGUGUUAUUGCUGCUAAACAAACAAACAAAUGUCCUGCAAUUUACUAGACAUUGAACGGCUGACGUGAAGAACUGGUUCUGACAAAACCUUCGUUGUAAACUAUCUAUUCUCCAAGCAGGUACAAUAUACCUAUUUAUAUUUUGUACUAUAAAGCAAGGGUAGUAACAGCUUGUGGAGAUCUGAGAAAGGUUUCCGAAAUUGUGAGACUUAAUUUUGUAGAUUUUUCUUCAGUUUUAUUGCAAUCUGACGGAUGG